GACGAAUUAUGCUUUUAGUUUUUUUUUCUCGUAUAUGAUUGCGUUAUGUACAAAGUAAAAAUAUAAUCGUAUUUCAAUCAACUCAACAGCAGUGAUGACUGUCUAAAAGUUUUUGUUUUGUCGACUGUAUUUAAAUAGUAACAAAAAUAUGAUAGUGCUGAAUUGGUGAACGCGUAGGACGUAACUGUCCCGUAAAGCAAUAAAAAACAGGCCUUAUCAUAAGUUCUUGGAGAGAAAGCUAACGAAUGAAAUUCAAUUCGUGUGACGAUGUUGAACAACACCGAAAUGGCGAAAAAGAAAUUGCGAUUCAUUUUUUUAAAGCAAAACUACUAAGCUUUUUUAUAAGUACUGCUCAAAAUGAUCGUUCGAUGUGAAACAAUAUUUGCCGUUGCUGUCGAUAGUACUUAGGAACCAGUUUGAAGGCAGAAAUUAGAAAACACGUCAUAGGCCCGGCGGGAGUAGGAGGAAACGAAGGAGGCAAAGAGCCCCGAGGGUACUCUUGUGUAAUCAACAGUAGUUGUAUUUAUAUUCGCUAAAACCGCUAGAGAAAAUGAUAUUUCCAGCAAUAGGAAAGUUGUUCAGCAAAUGUAUCCUUAUCUUGUUCGUACUGCUCUUCAGUGAUUGUACAAAUUUAAUCGAUAGCUUUAGUGGAGCUGAAGUUCAGGGUGGUGGUAGAACUCAAAAUGAUAACGUAAGCAAUUUAGUUAAUGUAACAGUGUCGGUUGCUGGUCAUAACAAUGCUAGUGACCAUUCCCGAAAGGGAAGCAGUUGCUGUGAUAGUAUCCAAUCUAGCGUCAAUAGGAGUAGUGACAGAGUUAAUAGUACAGAAAAAAUUUCAUCAAAAAAAUCCCAGCGGCUGGUUGUGGAGUUUUCCACCAACGUCGUUAACAACGAGUAUAUUGUUCAUUUCGAUGGAUAUUACAAGCCGUUGGUUCGCGAAAAGUAUAUUCGAACCGCCUUGAAUGGAUCAAAGGUGAAAAAAUGGCGCAUUUUGCCUCGGUUAAAUCCAGUGAGCGAUUAUCCGAGUGAUUUUGACGUUUUGUCACUGGAAGAAGAUCCGCAGGCGGCAAUGGAUGGAAUCGACUUACUGAAGUCGCAUCCUUCGAUCAAAUCAAUUUCUCCACAGCGGAUGGUCCAUAGAACGCUGAAAUAUGUUCCCAUGGAACCAACAGAUACAGUGGACGAAACAUCCACGAAUGAGUGGGACGACGAAAACGAUAUACCACAAGAGGUGGAAGAAGAUGGCGAAGAAAUUGCUGAGUUUAUCGAGCAAUUUAAAAACUUCAGGCGAAAACUAUCCACGGAUGGAAGUGAGCUGAACGAUAGCCGUAGUGAUGGCUCUGUUCCAGUAAAUUCAAUUAAUCGGCACACUAAUCGACGGCUGCUAAGAGCUAUUCCCAGACAAAUUACUUCGUUGCUAAAAGCCGAUGUACUAUGGGGAAUGGGUGUCACCGGUAAAGGGGUAAAGGUGGCCGUAUUCGAUACGGGCCUCUCGAAAAAUCAUCCGCAUUUUAAAUCAGUCAAAGAACGAACUAAUUGGACAAACGAAAAAACGCUAGAUGAUGGAGUUAGCCAUGGAACGUUUGUAGCUGGAAUUGUAGCCUCUUCGAAGGAAUGCUUAGGUUUUGCGCCGGACUCGGAGUUGCACGUUUACCGAGUUUUCACUAACAAUCAGGUGUCUUAUACGUCAUGGUUUCUGGAUGCUUUUAACUAUGCUAUAUUAAAGAAAAUUAACGUGUUGAACCUUAGUAUCGGAGGCCCCGAUUUUCUGGACCAACCGUUUGUUGAUAAAGUUCUUGAGUUAUCGGCGAAUAAAGUUAUCAUGGUUUCCGCGAUUGGCAACGAUGGUCCACUAUAUGGCACACUAAAUAAUCCUGGUGAUCAGAUGGACGUUAUUGGAGUAGGAGGUAUGGAUUACAAUGACAACAUAGCGAAGUUUAGCUCGAGAGGCAUGACAACGUGGGAACUUCCCAAUGGUUAUGGGCGAUUGAAACCUGAUGUUGUUACUUACGGAAGUCAGGUGAAAGGAAGCAAUCUUAACGGUGGAUGUAAAUCAUUGUCUGGAACAUCAGUUGCAUCACCUGUUGUUGCUGGAGCUGUCACUUUAUUGGCAAGUGGCGUUAUUAACCAACUUGAUCAAAUAAAUCCAGCUUCCAUGAAACAAGCGCUUAUAGAAGGAGCUCAGCGUUUACAGGAAAAUAAUAUGUUCGAACAGGGUCAUGGAAAACUUAAUAUUUUGAAGAGUAUGAAAAUCUUGUCAACGUACAAACCGAAAGUGACAUUGUCCCCUGAGUAUUUGGACUUUACUGAGGAUUACAUGUGGCCCUACACUACCCAGAGUUUGUUCUACACAAGUGCUCCGGUUAUAGCAAACGUAACUCUUCUUAACGGGAUGGGAGUGAUUGGAAGGGUAAUAAAUAAACCCACUUGGCACCCCUACACCAACGAAAAUGGUCAAAUGUUGAACAUAUCUAUUUCUUUUUCGGAGCAACUAUGGCCAUGGUCUGGUUGGAUGGCGGUGCAUAUUGGAAUUAAUGAGCUUGGCCGUAGCUUCGAAGGUUUGGCCCAGGGUCAUAUAACUCUGACAGUACAAAGCCCUGCAGGUUUAGGUGAAAACGAACCACGCAAUGGAACGGUUAGUUUUCCAAUAAAAAUAAAAAUUAUUCCCCAACCGCCGCGGCAUAAGCGAAUUUUGUGGGAUCAGUACCACAGUUUGCGGUAUCCACCGGGCUAUCUGCCAAGAGAUAAUCUCAAAAUCAAAUCGGAUCCUUUGGAUUGGCGGGCAGACCAUAUCCAUACUAAUUUUAAAGACAUGUACACUCACCUGAGAAACGCUGGUUAUUACGUUGAAGUACUAGGUGGGCCUUUUACCUGCUUCAACUCUAGCAAUUAUGGCACGCUGCUGAUUGUUGAUCCAGAGGAAGAAUAUUUUCACGAAGAGAUUAUAAAAUUAAAGAAUGAUAUCUUGGAGCGGGAACUCAGUGUAAUCGUUUUUGCCGACUGGUAUAACACAACGGUAAUGCGUAAGAUUAAAUUUUAUGACGAAAACACUCGUCAGUGGUGGAUGCCAGACACCGGAGGAGCUAACAUUCCAGCUCUCAAUGAGUUGCUUCGGGAUUUUGAUAUUGUCUUAGGAGAUAAGGUGGCUGAAGGAUAUUUCGAUAUGCGUGAUCACCGAAUGUACUACGCUUCCGGAUGUAACAUACUCAAAUUUCCCUCUGGAAAUAAAACUAUUCUGAUUGAGCGGGAUUUGUUCGAUCAGGGUCUCGAUAUUUUGUCACCGGACGAAAAGAGACAAAAAAUCCGAGCAAAAACGGCGAUUCUUGGCUUGCUUCAAACAGAUCAUAGCUAUUUGAAAGUUCAGCCGGCAACUCCUAAUCCUGAUCCCAUCAAUCCGGAUCCAUUGGAUAGUGGCGAAAAUUUGGAAAUCGGUCGUGAUUCGAUAAUUAAUAAGAGAAUUCUGCUCGGAGCAAAACCCUUACCAAAUGAGGACGACGACGACGAUAUCCCGAAUGAGGGAGGUGAACAAAGGCAAGACUUCGAAAGCAACGCGAUUGGAAGUCCAGACUUCGAUGUACUCAAGAACUUGGAAGAUGAUGACCCGCCGGACGACAUAAAGCAAAUUCAGCAUCCGGAGGAGAUUAGUCAGUUGUUGCUGGAGAAAAAACAAAACUUCACCGGAGAGAAGCUUCUUAUGGUGGAAGUACCUCAAACACUGCUCAAGUUAUCUCCGUCGGAUCGAGAACCAAAAGUUAGCGGUAAAUUCAAUGAUAGCAGUGAAAGGCGAAAAACUGGUGGUCGAAUAGCAGUUUACGGUGAUUCUAACUGUCUUGAUUCCACGCACCUUGAUAAACCUUGCUUUUGGUUACUCGAUUCGCUUUUGGAAUACACAAUGACAUCUCAUGUUACAAACCUUCUGAGGGAUUUGAAUAGCAGUCGGAGAAACGAGAUUCUCAGUGAUGCUAAAACACCGGCUCGGUUGGCCAACAACAAUUUGCACCAUUACUCAAAGGUCUUAGGACCCGGCAAUGAAAAACGUCAGUUACCUCGAUGUCAGCAAAUUAAGUGGGAUCAACCGAUCUCGCUGAAUAUGUCCUCGCUUAAUGGCUACGGACCAAACGAGCGAUUGUUGUUCCAACAACAGCAGGAACUGAUACUGCGGCAGCAACAAGCAGCCGCCCAACAGGCUGGCCUGUUCGGGAAUGAAAUCGAUAACAGUGUGAACCUAUUUCGGAAACUAGAGAGUCAAAAAGCAACCGUAAUCAGCGCCAACGACGAACCGGACGUCCCCGGCUGGAGAAACAAAAAAACCGAUAAAAUCCCGCCGAACGCUCCCAAUAGCUUUAUUAACCCAUCCGCUGCCCGUCCGUCAGCGGGCAUGAUACCCGUAAUAGUGCCAGUUGUUGAUCACCGAAUUGCUGGAGCCGCAACGGCUGGUCAGCAGCAGUUCCAAAAAUUGCAUCACCAGCAGCAACAGCAACAUUUGCAAUCACCGCAGUUGCAGCAACCAAAGGUGGAAAGUGAUUUAAAUGAUCCGUAUGAUGAUUCGGAUUUCCCGCUUAGUAGGGAGAGGUCGACCGCUUCCGGUUUUGAGUUCACUACCAAAUGGUUUCUUUCGAUGACUUCUCUGUUGCUUCUGUUAGGACUACUCAAUUGGAUACGGAGAUGCAAGGGCCUAACUAUAAAACGACGUUUUAAUUACGUACUGAAAAAAGUAGGAUUUUGAAUGCCUACGAACCAAAAAAUAUUGGUGUUGUUUGAGCUAGAUCCAACUUCUCAAUCGUCUUUAUGGUUUUGUUUGUUUCAAGCUAGUCUGGCCUUUUUAAAAUCUAUAGUUAUGAAUAUACCAAGGUUCCCGGGAGUUGCCCAAAGAUUUUGAACGUCGGUUGUUCUUUGUGUCGCUCUUGCGAAGGAACUAUACCGAAAAAUUUUGUAACGCUUAUUUUCUAAUGCCGAAUACCCUACCCUAAUCUUUAUCUCGGGAUAGCUGUAAAACUUAGUUUAGGGGGUUUUACAUACAUUAUGUAGAAAUAUCGCUCCAAAAACCACUGGUUCGUACUAAUAAAUAUAAAUGUUUAUUUUUAUAUUUAAA